AUGUCUUCUUCUUCCGUUGUACUAGAUGAGGAGGUUGUCCAGUCGAAUACGUAUACUGCUAGUAGUUCCAGCACCAUGGAUGUGGAGGACUAUCAUUUGUGGAGGAAUUGGGUCCAACACACGGAUAUCGAUCAUCAUCAUUUCGACAAACAACAGGCCAAGGAAAUCCGAUCUGCUCUCUUGGAAUGGUAUCGAGCCAAUCGACGCAAACUGCCCUGGCGGGGUGAUGUCUUGGGCGAAUGCAAUGGCAGUACGGCUGGGAUCAACAGUAAUAACAAUGAAAAGACAAGCAAGAAGAAGAGAACGUUGAAUGACAAGAAACAACCGAGCAUCAAAAACUUUUUUGGAGCCAAAACGACCAAAGUAGUGAAAAAGGAAGAAGAACCGGACGAGGCUCCCAGCAGUGAUGCUGCGACACAACAAGACGAACAAAAUAUGGCAAUAAGAAUACCCGUAUCUGGAUAUGGAGUAUGGGUUAGCGAAAUCAUGUUGCAACAAACACGAGUGGAAGCUGUGAUUCCGUAUUGGAUCAAGUGGAUGAAUUCCUUUCCAACUGUCCACGACUUGGCGGUAGCCUCAGAAGAACAAGUCAAUUCCCAUUGGGCUGGAUUGGGAUUUUAUCGACGAGCACGUCUCUUGCAUCAAGGAGCCAAAAAGGUAGUAAAUGAGUUGAAGGGAGAGUUGCCGCAAACCGUUGACUCGUUAAUGGAAUUGCCCGGAAUUGGACGUUACACGGCAUCCGCCAUUGCCUCGAUUGCCUUUCGACAACCUUGCGCCGUGGUGGAUGGUAAUGUCUGUCGAGUCUUGUCCAGACUCACUGGAAUUGCCAAUCACAUCAAGGCGCCCAAUGUAAAAGAUAAACAUGGAUGGGAUUUGGCCAAUCAAUUGAUAUUGGCAGAUAAUGAUAAUGAUGAUGCUGAUGAUGGGGAUAGCAAUGAGAAAGAGGGUUGUUGUGCGGGCGAAGUGAAUCAAGCACUGAUGGAACUGGGAGCGACCUAUUGUGCACCGUCGGGGACUGGAAUGGAUCCCCGAGAUCCUCUCCGAGAUUAUUACUUUUCCACUCGAUUGGCCAGAUCCUACAUGGCCUAUACCAAGUCACCAAUCUCCAAAGAGGAAACACUGACACCUGGAAUGAGUUGUUCCAUUUGCGAUCCAGAGGGGAUUACUACCGUUGUGGGGCUCUUUCAGUCGGGAAUUACCAAUGAUAUGUCCGACGAACAAGUUGCCAAGUUUGGUCAUGCCACCUUUCCUUUGGAUCCACCCAAGAACAAGAAGCGAGAAGAAGACUUGGCAGUUGCUGCUGUGUCAACGGUACAUAAAAAAGAGACGUGGUGGUUGCUGGUCAAGCGUCCACCAAAAGGUUUGUUGGCAGGGCAAUGGGAAUUCCCGAAUGUUAUUGUACAAACACGAACCGCCAAGAGUCGACCACCGUCCUCGAAAAAGAUUCUGGAUGCCCUGUCGACCAUGUGUCAAGAAGAAUUGCAAACGGGUUGGGAGGCCCAGCUGGAUCCUACACCAGUACAACCAUCACCAUUGGAACACAUCUUUAGUCACAUCAAGCACAUAAUGUGGGUGAGAAAGUACUCCCUCGAUGUGGACCUGGGAGAAAUAGAGUUGGAUUAUACUGCCAUGGGUGACCGAGAAGCUCGAUGGAUGCGGGAAGAAGACAUGGAAAAGGUCGGUGUAACGUCCGGAGUCAAAAAGAUUCUAAAGGCGGUCAAGACUGGUCCCAAAAAGGGGGCAAAGAAGAAGGCUGUACCACGAAAACGUAAGCGAUAA